UCUCGGACUUAACGCUGUUGAACCGAUCUGGGGUUAUAUGGCCCUCCGUCAAUCCCUAGAUCCUCUGUGUUGUGAAUCCUCUUCUUCUAACCCUCUCACAUUUAUGUCCUAUGCCACACCAUGUCUUCAGCCCUUCGCGAAACUGCCACCAGGUUCAUCUCCGCUUUUAAAGACCUUUCCACUGAGGACCACCUUGCACUUCGCACCUCUGACUGCCUUCACAUCUUUGCUCCUGCCUCCUUGAAUCUUCCUGCCCCGCAGUCAAAUGACGCCUUCGCUGAGCACUUAGGCCGCCUCCGGCUUAUCAUCGAGCAUUUUCCUGUCACUGCCAAGGAGAUUCACGUCAACGAACCAUGCCAUCAGGCUGUGAUUUGGGCAACAGGACAGCCCGAGUUCAGGUCCGAGGUUAUGGGAAAAGACCCCAUCGCGGAAAGUUGGAAGUAUACCGGAGAAUAUGUGUUCAUUCUAGAUCUGGACGACACCUGCUUAAAGAUUAAGAGAAUCGUUGAAUUUCUCGACAGCAAGGGUACUGAAAAACUACUAAGAAUGACGGCGAAAGCGCGGGAGAACCUUGAAACUCUGAAUGUCGCCUGAGUUUUUCACUGAACAUUUUUAAUGGACCAUGUGACUACCCAGGCACAAAGACGCUGGCGACAACCAACCUUCGAACUUUGCCAAUCUUGGCACCAGCCUCGUCCAUCCUAGCACUUCCUCAACAAUCCCUACUCGAACCUUGAACGCAUUUCCUCGUUGCAGAGACAAUUUGGAAGCCACACACGCUCGGCCUGCUCCAAGCAUACCAAUCCCUAAUCCAUUUCAAAAAGAUGUCGCUAGCCAUGCCUGGAAGCGUCCCAGCUGAAGUGCAAUGGAGCGUCGUGGCUGAUGGU